AUUUUCCCAAGGCUUUUCUCCAAUUCAUUAUACAACUUUUGUAGGGAUAAUAUUUUCACUCUUUCUGCAAUAAAAUCCUGAAGUGUUACUUUUCACCUAUUUUUUAUAUAAAACUCACACAUCAAGCAUCAAUCCAAGUGAAUAGUUUAGUUAUACAUUUUGGCAAGUAUGGUAUUAUCAAGACUGGAUCUACACUCUCAAUUUGACAUUGAAAAGUACUCAUAAUGGCAAAUCCAGCAGUUGAUCAUAUGGACUCCGUUGAAGAUGAAAUCGAAGCGGUGUCAAAUUAUAAACCUCCCCCCGAGAAAAGUAUUGAACAAAUUUUGGAAGCUGAUAAAGAAGAUGAGAGUUUAAGGAAAUACAAAGAAGCUCUUUUAGGGGAUGCGAAGUCUGGAAAUGUCAUUGUUGAACCUGAUGAUCCAAGAAAAGUGAUAGUGAAGAAACUUGUACUUCGAGUCCUCGAUGGACCCGAUAUGGAAUUGGAUCUCACUGGGGAUUUGACUAAACUUAAGAAACAAACCUUUGUCAUCAAAGAGGGGGUCAGUUAUAAAAUUCGAAUUGAUUUCAUCGUACAGCGAGAAAUUGUCCAUGGACUUAAAUAUGUUCAAAAAACAUAUCGUCUUGGCGUUCCUGGAAUAACAGUUGACAAAAUGACGCAUAUGGUAGGAUCUUAUCCUCCAAAGAUGGAAAUUCAGUCGUACACUACUCCAUCAGAAGAUGCACCUGCCGGUGUUGUUGCAAGAGGUUCUUACACAGUUCAGUCUCUUUUCACCGACGACGAUGACAAUGAACACCUCAAGUGGGAAUGGUCCUUUGAUAUCAAGAAGGAUUGGAAAUAAAAUCCUCAAUCCUACAUUUAGUUACAACGACCAAAAGAUUCGCCUUAAAACAAUUCAAUUAAGGAUUAUUAAAUACCAAACAAAUUUUCGAAAAAAAAAUUUAUACUGAUUUUUUGAUAAAUUCAGUAUCGCCAUAAAAAAAAUGUAAACCACCUUUCCUUUCAAUUUCUUUCGAUUUGUUACCAUGAGUGCUAUUAGAAUAUCCCCCAUCUCCAAAAAACCUACUGCCUUCAAACAUUUAUUUUAAGUUCAAGAGCUUAAGUUAAUACCAAAUAUUUGUUCAACUAGAAAUACCGUUUACUGUAGCAUUUAAAAAAUCGCAGUAUUAGUGUAAUUGUCCAAGUCAAUUUGAUACGGCAGUUGAACUGUAGCAUUUUUGGAAACAUUUUUUUAAAGCUUUUAUAAUUAAUACAAUUUUUAGUUAUUGUAAUAACUUAAAGUUAAAAAUAGGCAGCAUAGAACCCCAGGUUUACACUAGUAGGCAACUCUUCAUUGCUAUACAAUAAUAAUGAUGAUAAUAAUAAAAAAAAAUUGUGAAUAAGAGGUAGUUAUUUGUUUAGAGAAACAUUUUUACACUUAGGUGCGCGAAAUAAAGUGAAACAUGUAUGUACAAAGUAAAAUUAUUAUAUGAAACUUAAUUAUUCGUUAAAAAUUAAUUUUAACACUGAAUCUGUUAAUAUUAAAAAAAGUCAAAUAAUUUAAUUUGAUUUAAAAUUAAAAAUUUUUCUCACAAAGGCCUAAUGUUUUUUUGUUUGAAUUGACACCGUUUAAAAAAUAAUUUUUCUGAAUUUUUCAAAUAAAAUAUUAAAUAAAGAAAACUUGUGAAAAAUAUUCAAUAAACUCAUAGAAAAUGAGACACAAUAAGUAGUUUGUAUACUAAUAACGUUUUUUGAAAAAUAAUUUUUCUAGUUGCAAAAAUGGAAUUAAAAUAAAUUUUUAAGUACCUGAAUUUUUGAAAAUUUUCAAAUAUACCUGAAAUCUGUAUUAUUUUUCUCACAGAAAUGAGGAGAAUAUAUUCAAUAUAUAUUUCUGAUAAGAAUAUUCGUUUUGACAAACCAGUUAUUCAUCACAUUGUAAUAACAUUGUACCGCAUUAAUUUUAUUACAAUAAAAAAAUGCAUUUUUACAAGGACAUAAUACUUCCAAUAAUUGACAACGAAUUUACAAAACAUGUCGUUUGUAAUUAAUAUGCUAAAGAUUUGGUAUAAAGCGUUGAUAAAAAUAAAGAUUUAUAUAUAUAAUAGUUGUAUCUCAAGUGUGUGAGACAAAAUUUUAAAACAAAAACUUUUCGUUAAUUUUUGAAACAAUUGUGUGUUAUAAUUUUGAAAUGUGCUUAAGCUACUCAUAAAUACUAAUGGAUAGCAUUCUAAUUUACGAGUAUGCAGUUAUAACUAUUACAAUAGUUUUAGUGUCUAUUGUGUAUGUUUACACAUAUUUUAUUCCUCUAAAUAUUUUUAGAAAAUGUGCUUGUAUGAAAAUUGAGAAAUAAGGAAGAUAUUUUUUUUAAAUGAAGUGAAAAAUGAAAUUCAUGAAUAUUACGAGUAUUCAUAAACAUGUGCGUAUGUAUUCUAAUCUAUAAGGUCAGUUUGAGCGAAUAAAAUUUUUAAAAAUAUUAA